UGGAUGGAGCUUGGAGCCAUAGUGAAAGGCUGGCCCAUGGCAGGAGGUGAAGCUGGAUGUGCUUUGAGAUCUCUUCCAACCUGAACUGUUCUAAGAUCAAAAUCUCCUGGUAAGCUGUAGGGUAACUAAGCCCAAAGCAGCAGGAUGUGGGGAAGGUGGGUGAACCUUGUGAGGUGAAAUUUAAAAUCACCUGGCAGAUUGCUCCAGCUUUGGAAGGAGCAAAACCAAAGGCUUUCAUUCAGUGAGCACAGAAGCAUUGGGAAUGUGAGGGAGGGAAGAAUUUACUUUUCUAAAAUAAAUUAUUUUUAAAUUUGUGAAGCCUCCAGCCCAAAAGCUCAUCCAGUGGGUUACUGCUCCUUAGCCCACUGUCCUUUUCAUCCCUCAUCCUCUAUUGGCUUUUGGAUUACUGAGUGGAUUUUUCUGCCCCCUCCAAGUGCUGGGGCCAGAUAGGAUAUCUUGGCUCAUCUCUUGGCCUGCAAGAGUUGUUUGCACUUGCCUAAAGAAGGUGAUACCCCACAGUGCAAGGUCUGUAGUGUGCAAUCCAUGGGAGGAGGUGGAAGGUCCUUCCCAGUUCUAGGCUCUGGAUAAAGGACUGCAAGCUCAGGAUACUGGGGCCUGUGUAAAUGUCCUUGGCUGGGUUUCACUGUGGCAUAUGUGCCUGUUCUUCUUGAUGGGGUGAAGAAAUCAGUCUGGUGCUUGGUUUGAAAAGCAGUUUUAAAAGAUGGUGCUAUGCAGCUGCCAGGGAAAUGCAUGAUGGAAAGAUGCUUGGAGUCUCCCUCCAUUGUGUCACCUGGGUGCUUAGGCCAGGCCUGGACGUUUUUCCCCUCUUGGCUGGAGAGGAUGGAAGACAGUGCCUGAGCCUUGCAAGGAGGAAAAGAAAAGGGCAGGUGAAUUUAUGCACACCAGGAGAGGGAAGAUGGUUUUCACAGCUGCUCCGAAUCCGUAGGUAGCGACAGGAGAACAAAGCGCCCCUGUGACUCGUGUGAAGAGCUGGCAGCCAGCAGUGCUGCAGCUCUGUCCCCAAAAGAGGAGUGUCCCCGUGGGAUUGGCAGCCCACAGAAUUAUUUUCUAAGCUCUCUAAAGAUAUGGCAUCGUCACAUCACUUCCCCAGCACUGUAGGCUCUCAAAGGCAGGAGAUAAAGAAGAAUGAUACGCUUUAUAAUGUGCUAGAGGACAAAUUUGGACAUGCUUUGCUGUCAAGGAGAGAUGGAAGGGGAAAAAAGGACAGGGAUACACUGCUUUACUGAUCUGCUGUGGCUCCUGGGCUGUCUGUCUGGGUAGUCCUGGGGUUUUUAUGGAUGUUGUGUGUGUUGGGAGAAGCAGGACAUCUUCAGGAGUAUCCCUCAUGCCUGGCUGAAAAGCAGCAGGAGCUGAAAGAUUGCAUGGGAGGAAAGUUCUGCUCGAGUCACUCAACAAGAGCGAGCAGUCAGCCAAUGGCCAAUCCCAGUCCAGGGAAUCCACAAACCCUCAGUUCAGGAAAAUGAGCGGCGACUUCCCAUCGGCCAACGGAGAGGCUGGGGGGGAGGCCCCCAAGGGCUACACUCAGGACCAGCUGGAUGCAGUGAAGAGGGUAAAGCAGUGCAAAGAUUACUACGAAAUUCUGGGAGUCAGCAGAGAAUCUUCUGAUGAGGAUCUGAAAAAGGCCUACAGGAAACUGGCACUGAAGUUCCACCCGGACAAGAACCACGCACCGGGGGCCACGGAGGCCUUCAAAGCCAUCGGGAAUGCGUACGCGGUGCUGAGCAACCCCGAGAAGAGGAAGCAGUACGACCAGUUCGGAGACGAGAAACUCAACCCCGCCCGCCACGGACACAGCCACGCCGACUUCCACCGCGGCUUCGAGGCUGACAUCUCCCCUGAGGACCUCUUCAACAUGUUCUUUGGGGGUGGUUUUCCUUCCAGUAAUGUUCACAUGUACAGCAAUGGCAGGAUGAGAUACACCUACCACCAGAGGCAGGACAGGCGGGAGCACCAGGGGGACGGUGGCCUGGGGCUGUUUGUCCAGCUGAUGCCCAUCCUCAUCCUGAUCAUCGUUUCUGCUCUCAGCCAGAUGAUGGUCUCCAGCCCACCCUACAGUUUGAGCCACAGGCUGUCUGUGGGUCACACACACAGGAGGGUCACAGAGCACUUGAAAGUCCCGUACUACGUGUCCGAGAACUUUGCCGAGGAGUACACGGGCACGAACCUGAAGAACGUCGAGCGGAGCGUGGAGGACGAUUACAUAGCAAACCUUCGGAAUAACUGCUGGAGAGAGAAGCAGCAGAAGGAAGGCUUGUUGUACCGGGCACGCUACUUCGGGGACUCGGAGCUGUACCAGCGGGCACAGAAGAUGGGCACCCCCAGCUGUAGCAGACUGUCAGACGUCCAGGCCUCCAUGCACGGAUAGUCCCAGCCCAAGUACGAGCCGGGAGCAGGGAACCCGUAGUGCUUUUAUCACUGAAAUCCCUGGUUGAGACACAGACCUCCAGGAGUCUCCUCGGGGUGCACACGGCCAGGCCUCCCCUCCGACGAGCGCGCCCUCGUUAAUCAGGAAUCGAUUGGGUUUAGUUUGCAUGUCGGCACCCUCGGCUCUCUGCGGGCUCCCCGUUUUCUCUGGCCUCUGGGAGCAGGGCAGAAUCCCUUGGUGAGGUUGGAAGUUUCUUACAUGCUGUGGCACCCAGCCCCCACGUUUUAAUGAAGCCUUGUUUUUGGUUGCUUUGCUGCCUGUUUUACUGGGAAAGCUGUUAUCCUGGCACCUGAAGCAACACUGUGACAGGGAAUGGAGUCCCACCCAACAGAUGUUCCCAGCUCCUGUUGUCUUCCCCUUCAAGGAGAGCAAAGCAAAUGUUCCCAGCAGGUUGUAGAAGUGACUUACUGUGUUAAACUGGCAAUCAAAGUAAAAGCAGCUGGGAGAGGGGGUGGAUCUGGAAGAUUUGGGGGUUGGAGAGCUUGGAUUAAGGAGAGCCCGGAUAACACAUGUGAGACCGGAUGUGCUGGGAGAGCUGCACCAAAAUAAUGGGGAAAAAAUGGCCACAGGCUUUGGAGUCCUUUUUCUGCAUAAAUUUUUGGGCUGAUUUCGCCUACCAGGUACUGCUGGGCUGGCUGUGAAAUGUGCAGAUCCCACUACCCCAAAAUUACCUGAACACGGGAUUUCUAUGGGAAAAACUCCUGGGUGAAGUUUGUACCAGGUGUUGUGUGGAGACCAUUUCAGCUCACAGAGACUCCUUGAGGACAUUGGCCAUUAAGCUGCUUGAUUUGCAACUUUGGGGGUUGUUUUCCUUGGCAUCUGAAAGUGUGGCCUUUAAAGCAAAUCCUUGGGGGCCCAUUGGGCUUUUUUUUUUUUUUUGGAUCUGUUCUUAUCUUGCUCCUCCCCCUCUCUGGUUUGGAUGACUGCGCCUCUGGUGUUAAUUACCUGCUUUUCUUUAAUUCCCUCCCUGCACCUGUGGUCUGGAAAGAGCCUGGAAAAGCUGCUGCCUGUGCUGUGGGGUGGGGAAGGAAGGGGGAAGUCACAGAUUGUCCGGAGAGUGACGCCGCUGCCGCUUUUGUUCCCAGAGCGUUGAAAUGCCUGAAGACUUUCGGGGAAGUCGCUGAGCCGAGGUGACAGACUGACUGCUAUUCAAAAAGAAUCAAACCUUAUCUUAAAAACAGAAUUGGAGAAUUAGCAACGCACAACUGCUCCUCUUUCUUCUCUCUGCCUCUCUCUGACGAUCGCAGGCGGCGCUUGGGACAGGAAAUCCAGCUCUCCGUCUUCCUCCUCCCCUUCCAACACCCAGGAUCCCACAAGGAUCCCACAAGGAUCCCACAAGGAUCCCACAGCCCCUGGAACAGACACACAGAGUGUAAAAUAACCCAAACUAACUGCAGUGAAGCAGAAGGAGACCCUUCCCCGCUGCCAACAGAGAGACAAGUGGGACGAUUUGUUGACGAAAGAAAACACUAAAGAAAAAGCAAAGAAAGUAUAAUCUAUUUAGCAUUAAUUUAUAGCUGUAUAUAUGUUGUACUUUUAAACUAUGCAGGGGUUGGAUGAUUAAAUUAUUUUGGUUUCUGCCCUUUUUGGGGAGCAGGGCAGCGAGGGAGCCUCUUCCCAGGGCGUCUCUCUCCGCAGCACUUUCCUGCCUGGAAAACAGGAAUCCCUUUGCCGUGCUUUGCUCCCAGGAGGACGUUCUGUGGAUGGGGACAUCCAUGCACCUGCCCUUGGGGUUUUGAUCAAAGCAGAUCCCAAAAGCGCAGGGGGUCACAGGGAGCCCGUCCAGAGCCGUGGAUUCGCAGCAUCGGCAGAAGCCGCGGGGUCAGCUGAGCGCCGGCGUCGCGCCGGGGACGGCAAGGAUUGUCCUGGAUGGAUUUUGCUCGUCAGUCUUUGGUUAAUUUGUGCACGUAACUCCUUUUUCUGCCGAGUCCGCUCGAAUUCUGCCUGCUAAUCAGCGGAGAGAGGGCUUUCCAUCGGCCUCACCCUUUGUUGGGAGGUUUUGUGCCUGUCCCAGGCUGGGGUUCCUCACCCACAGGGUGCAGCCUGGCCCUGGCCUUCACACCCCGCCUCGUGUUUCCCAGAGGACACCUGGAAAACGCCACAGAUCCUGGAAAAUACCGCAAAUCCAUAAGGAGCAAAGCGUUCCGUUGAUUCUGUUGGAAGAAGUUCUGCUGGGGGAGAUCAGGGGGUGUCUGAUCUGCCCUCUGCUCCCCCUCCCACCACGGGCAGGACCGGUGGGAGGCUGCUCCAGGUGAGGAGCCAUCUCUCGGGAGCAAAGCCAGCACGAGCAGAGCCACCUCCCAUGGAAUAAACUGGAUUAUUUUCAUUUUUAUCUUUUUUUUUUUUUUUUUUUUCUUUUUUUUUUCUGCUCUGCAGCUCAUUUGUGUCUAAAGACAUUUCCAGUGAAAACCAUCCCCUGGCACAGUCAGGGGAGUGAGCUGGGAGCACGGCAGCUCCCGGGUGGGCUGGCAGAGAUGGUUUUAUCCCGUUGUCCUUAGGAAUCCACGCGCUCUGUCUCAGCUGUUUAUUUACUUAGUGAAAUCUCAGCCUCCCCUUGGCUGCAAGCCCUCUUAUCCCACAGCCACCAUGGCUUGGACCUGAUUUUAAGGGGUUUUUAUUUUUUUUUUUUUCCUUUUUUUUUUUUUUUUUUUAAUUUUUUAAUCUUUCCUCCACCUUGGGAAGAAAUUGGGUGGAAGUUGAGGGUUGGAAAUGGCGCUCGAUAGAGGCACAGGGAUGAUGGGGACAGGGUUAAAGCAAAGUCCUGCUCACAGAAGGAGCUGGAUGUGUUGCCCAAGGGCAUUCCCUGCCCGGAGCCUGCCCACCAAAACCUUCAGGUUAUUUUUCCUGGUCGAUACUCACGGAUCAUAAGGAGGGAGAAGGUGUCGAUCCCAGUGGAUGCUCACAGAGGCUGUAUCUCUCGAUUUAGAGUUAAUUAUACAAUUGUACAUCUAUAAAUAAAUGUUUAUAAUGUGAAAGGC